AUUCCAUCAUCAAACAAACCAUUGAGAGAGCACAGACAAAAUUUCAUUGGGUGUGCGUCUUCUUGAGGGUUGAGAGAUACCUCUCAUCCAAAGCCCUUCUCUCUCUCUCUCUCUCUCUCUCUCCAUAAAUUUUUCUGGUUCCUAGAAUCCUUCCAUGGAUAUUAUUAUGUCUUCUUCUCUGCUAAUCAAAUCCAGCCCUUGAAUUCCCUUCCCCACUUGCUCAUCCUCUUUGUUCUUUUUCUCCCUCCCUCUGAAUCAUUUGUCUAUUUCACUGCCUUAUUUAUGUUUCCACUCGUUUAUUCUGGUACUUUUCUAUAUUCUCCUCCUCCUCCCCCUCCUUCUUCCUCUGUUUUUUCCUCUGUUUAUGGCGGCUACUCGAGCUGAAAUCCUCGAAAGCCAUGGCGGCACCGCCGCUACUGCAAUUAGCAGGCGAGAAAUUCAGGCAGCCAUUGCCAAGGCCGUGGAGCUCCGGGCCCUCCACGCUGCUCUGAUACAAGGCAACAGUCCCGCCAAUCUCCAGUUCCACUCUGCUUCCCCUGCUCCGCACCAUUUUUCCCAGUUCUCCGCCCAAGAUUACCCCGUUUUUACACCAAGUUAUGAAGAUGAACCAAUUCCAGGGUACCAGCGAAUUCAAUUGGAUAGUCGAACUCUAUCUGAGUGUUGGGGUGAGUAUGGGCUGCCAGAAGGAAAUGUCGAUGAAACAGGCUUACCGGAUUAUAAGAAGAUGAAUGCUUCUUCGAGGAAAGGCUUGGCUUCUGAAUCGAUCAACUUAGAACCCCAUAUAUGUCCGGCUGAAGACCAGAACUCGGUCAGUGGCUCAUGCACUAACAACAUUACAGUGCUUAAAACAUCGCCUGGAACAGAUUACUACAAGUCAAGCAGGAGAAACAGUUUAGGAGAUUUCAGAUCGGUGUCUUCUUGCAAUAAGUGCAAGCCAGCCCUCAUAAGCAGUGAAACUGAUAAUGUCUUAAAGAACAGUAAGAACUCCAAUAUUGUUGUGCCAUUAACUGACUCGCGUUCCUCGAUUCAAACGCCACCCAAAAACCGUGGAUUAAAUCUGUCAUGGUUGUUUUCUCGGCUAAAGAAGAAGCACAGGACUGAAAACUCGCCAAACAGAACAGAAUCAGAAGUUUCCCUAGUUUUUAAGGACUUGGGGAUGUUAUCCAUAGAAACGCUGAGGAAAGAGCUUAUUGAAGCAAAUGAGAGUAGAGAUGCAGCCUUAGUGGAGGUUACCGAGAUGAAAUCUUCACUAGGGGAGUUGAAACAGAAAUUGGAGUACUUGGAGGCUUACUGUGAAGAGCUGAAAAAGGCUUUGAGGCAGGCAAUGCAAACAAAGGACUCCCAAGUACGUGAAACGCUUGGGAAUCUUCCAAAAAGAGGAAAAUCCAUUGAUGGGAAUGUAGACACUCUCAUGCCUGUUAGUGAGGAAGUAAUGGUGGAAGGAUUCCUGCAAAUAGUGUCGGAAGCAAGGUUAUCGGUAAAACAGUUCUGCAAGACCCUCAUCAGCCAGAUUGACGAAGCUGAUGGUACCUUGAUGGAGAACCUAAAUUUGCUUCUUCAGCCCUAUAAGCUAUCACUAAAUUCAAGAUACUCAAAGGCAGUGUUAUACCAUUUGGAGGCGAUCAUAAACCAAUCGCUCUACCUAGAUUUUGAGAACUCGGUGUUCCAAAAGAAUGGCUCCCCAAAGCUAUUAGACCCUCAUCAAGAUCGCCAAGCGCAGUUCUCAUCAUUUGUAGCUCUCAGAAAUUUGAGUUGGAAUGAAGUUCUGCACAAAGGAACCAAAUACUACAGCGAGGAGUUCAGUAAGUUCUGUGACCAGAAGAUGAGUUUCAUUGUGACCACUCUGAACUGGACAAGGCCAUGGCCUGAGCAACUGCUUCAAUCGUUUUUCGUGGCUGCCAAAUGCAUGUGGCUGCUCCACUUGCUCGCGUUUUCGUUCAACCCACCACUGGGGAUUCUGAGAGUUGAAGAAAACAGAAGCUUUGAUCCCCAUUACAUGGAGGACAUGCUAGCAGACAAGCAAAGAUCGCUGGGACAGAGCCGAGUGAAGCUUAUGGUGAUGCCAGGAUUCUACGUGCAGGAUAGAGUACUGAGGUGCAAGGUUCUUUGCAGGUACAAAUCUGUAGUCUAAGUAUUUGUUUUUUCUUUCUUUGUUUUCCCUCCUCUGUUUCUAGUGGUGAGAAUGUACUAAACGGGGAAUGAAUGGUACGCUUGGUUGGUUGGUUGAAGAUUGGAUGAGGCCUUGGAUUGGUGAUAGUGAAAUUGAGGGCUCUUUCAAGGGGCUUCUUGAUUUUUAA